AAGCGCUGACCGCGUCCAAGAGCAUUCUAUGCCCAGUGCGCAUGCGGGUGGAGCGCGUCUUCUCAUUAUGACAGCUAACGUUAGCAAGCGCUGUAACCCGAAAGAGGGAGUUCAGAAACGCUGUGGGAUAGACGUAUUGAGCUAACGAAUUAUUGCUUACUGCAAUUAUUUCACGGUUAUUGGGAAUCCGUAAACAACUGUUAUACUAAUCAACUUGUUUGUCCUUUGCCUUUCUGUGUGAGCUGGUAAGGAUGAAGCCAGACAUCCACACUCUGGCCCAUCACCUGAAGCAGGAGCGGCUGUAUGUGGCCUCAGAGAAGCAGCUGAUCCAGCGGCUCAAUGGGGACGUGCUGAAGACUGCUGAGAGGCUGUACCGUGCUGCCUGGAUCACCAAGCAGCAGAGGAUCAACCUCGACCGGCUCAUCCUCACCAGUGCUGAGGCUUCCCCGGCCGAAUGCUGCCAGCAUGCCAAAGUGCUGGAGGACACACAGUUCCUGGAUGGUUACAAGACUCUGGGAUUCCAGGAGAGCAUCUAUGGGGAGUUCCUGGGCCGGGUGCGGGAGAAUCCACGGCUGGUGGCCUCCUGCCUGGUGGCUGGGGAGAGGCUGAACCAGGAGCACACACAGGGGGUCAUUUACACUGUCUUCACCUCACUCUAUGGCAACUGUAUCAUGCAGGAGGAUGAGAGCUACCUGUUGCAGGUCCUGCGAUACUUGGUGGAGUUUGAGCUGAAGGAGAGCGACAACCCUCGGCGGCUGCUGCGGCGAGGAACGUGUGCCUUCAGCAUCCUCUUCAAGCUCUUCUCUGAGGGGCUGUACUCCGCCAAGCUCUUCCUCACCGCCACCCUCCAUGAGCCCAUCAUGCAGCUGCUGGUGGAGGACGAGGACCACCUGGAGACGGACCCCUCCAAGGUGACAGAGCGCUUCACGCCGGCGCAGCAGGAGCGCCUGUUUGGGGAGAAGGGCUCGGAGGGCUACAGGCAGAAGGUGGCGGCUGCUGUGGAGGCCAAUGAGGCCAAGCUGGUGACCCUGGUCAACAAGUUCAUCGGCUACCUGAAGCAGAACACCUACUGCUUCCCCCACAACCUGCGCUGGAUUGUGUCUCAGAUGUACAAGACUCUGUCGUGUGUGGAGAGGCUGGAGGUGGGCGAGGUGCGGACCAUGUGCACGGACCUGCUGCUCACCUGCUUCAUCUGCCCAGCCAUAGUCAACCCUGAGCAGUACGGCAUCAUCUCAGACGCCCCUAUCAACGAGGUGGCUCGCUUCAACCUCAUGCAGGUAGGGCAGCUUCUUCAACAGUUGGCAAUGGCUGACGGUGAUGGCGACCCCAGGAGAAAAAACAGUUUGGCCAAGUUCGAUAAGAGCUGCGUAUCUGCCUUCCUGGAUGUGGUAAUCGGAGGGAGAGCUGUGGAGACGCCGCCCAUGUCCUCCAUGAACCUACUUGAAGGCCUCAGCAGGACUGUGGCGUACAUGACACACAGUCAGCUGCUCUGCCUGGUGGACUUUGUACGGAGUGUGAUGGCAGGGGACUACCUCCGGGAGGAGGAGCACAUACUCCUGGAGACCCUAAUGGCCAACGUGCCCCAGUCCCGCACAGUGAAGAGCAACAGUCUGGAGCUCACCCCCUCCAACACCCCCCAGCUUUCCCCAACCACCACCCCUGCCAACAAGAAGAACAGGAACUUAGGACAACAGUUAGCAACAUCCUGGGAUUCCACAACCACCACCCUGUCUGCACACAUUCCAUUAGUUACACCUUUUGCAGCCUCCCGCAGUCGCAGCCGUACUGAGCUGGCCCAGCAGGGGGAAGCAGAGGCCAGCUCCAUGGAAUCCCUGCAGGAGGUGAUGCCAGAAGAGGUGCUGGUGAUCUCACUCGGAAGCAGCCCGCAGACCAUCCCCGGCAUGAUGUCAGAGAAUGAGGUGUUGACCGUGCAGCAGACUGAUGGAGCACAAGGGUACACUCCUGCAGACGACACCAAGCACCAUUGCAAACCAGACAAAACCCUGCGUUUCUCCCUCUGUAGUGACAACCUGGAGGGCAUCUCAGAGGGUCCGUCCAACCGGUCUAACUCUGUGUCGUCUCUGGACCUGGAGGGAGAGUCUGUGUCAGAGCUGGGAGCUGGGCCAUCAGGGAGCAAUGGGGUGGAGGCUCUACAACUGCUGGAGCAUGAACAUGCCACCACUCAGGACAACCUGGAUGACAAACUGAGGAAGUUUGAGAUACGAGACAUGAUGGGCCUGACGGAUGACCGGGAUAUCUCUGAGACUGUGAGUGAGACCUGGAGCACAGACGUGCUGGGCAGCGACUUUGACCCCAACAUGGACGAAGAUAGACUGCAGGAAAUAGCUGGGGCGGCUGUAGAGAACAUGCUGGGCAGCCUGCUGUGUCUACCAGGCUCUGGUUCAGUGCUGCUAGACCCAUAUGGAUCCACCAUCUCCGAGACCACCAGCGAGGCCUGGAGUGUGGAGGUCCUGCCCAGCGACUCAGAAGCCCCAGACCUGAAGCAGGAGGAGCGUCUACAGGAGCUAGAGAGCUGCUCCGGGGUGGGCAGCACCUCCGAUGACACAGAGGUCAGAGAGGUCAGCUCUCGGCCCAGCACCCCAGGGCUCAGCGUUGUCUCAGCGACAUCAGAAGACAUCCCCAACAAGACAGAGGACCUGCGGUCAGAGUGCAGCUCGGACUUUGGGGGGAAGGACUCUGUGACCAGUCCAGAUGGGGAGGAGUCAUCCCACGGAGCACAUCACAGUUUGGCCUCUCCGCCCUCUCAGGCUGACUCCUUACUGGCCAUGUUUGAUCCCCUCUCUUCCGGCGAAGAUUCCUCCACUGGUACCAUUGUGAGGCCCAAGGUGCACUACGCCAGGCCCCUUCAUCCUCCCCCUGACCCUCCCAUCCCAGAGACCUGUGCCCUGGGCCAGGAGCCCCGCUACUCCCUGUUCACGCCCCACUGCCUGGCCCAAGCCGAGCUGGAGCACACCAAGCAGCGCCACUCCUACACAGACAGGCUGGUACGCAGCCGCAGCUCUGACAUUGUGUGCCCAGGCCGCCGACCCACCAGCGACCCGGGCCUGAACCGCAGGGCUGCAGCCGAGGAGCGGGAUCAUGCCGGGGCCUUCUUUAUGGGGCCGUUCUCGUCUCCUAGCAAGGACUCCCUGAAAGGGGAGGUUGAGGAGAGAAAGGACAGUGAUGAGGAAAAGUCUGAUCGCAACAGACCGUGGUGGAAGAAACGCUUUCAGUCAGCCAUUCCCAAAGCUCCGAUAGCAGCCUUACGGAAAAGGGACAAGCAGGAGAAAGACAAUAUGGGCCAUGAACGUGUCCCACAAGACGACCCUCUGUCCAGGAACUCCCAGGCCCAGGCAGCAGAAGACAUCCUUGACAAGUACAGGAACAUCAAGAGGACCAGUCCCAGUGAAGGAGCCACUGCUGCAGCCUACGACGCCACAGAGUUGUGUGGAGAGGAGUGUGUGCACAACUCCCCCAGAGACGAAGCUCUGCAGAACAUGUCCACAGACGACCUGCCAGACUCAGCCAGCCAGACAGCCCAGCAACACGAUUCCAACAAGUUCUCAUUCAGUGAUGCAAAGAAGAAGUUGAGGCUGGCCUUGUGUUCAGCAGAGUCUGUGGCCUUCCCUCUCAUGGCUCCUGCCACCACACGCAAUGGGCUGCCUGACCACACAGACUUUGAAGACAACGAGAUCGUGUGCUUCCUGAAGGUCCAGCUGGCGGAGGCCAUCAACCUGCAGGAUAAGAACCAGAUGGCCCAGAUCCAGGAGACCACGCGCUGCGUCAGCCGCUUCGACGCACGCACCUGCAAGAAGCUGCUGGCUGCCAUUGCUGAGGAUUACAGGAAGCGGGCACCCUACAUAGCUUAUCUGACGCGGUGUCGGCAGGGUCUGCAGACAUCCCAUGCCCACCUGGAGAGGCUGCUGCAGAGGGUGCUGAGGGACAAGGAGGUAGCUAACCGCUACUUCACCACAGUCUGUGUUCGCCUCCUACUGGAACACAUGGAGGCGAAGUCCCUGGACUUCAUCAAAGCCUUCCAGGGGUGCACAGCGUCAGACGACAAGACGGCGGCGGUGGAGGACUUCCUGCGCUACCUGUACGGGGCCAUGGCCCAUGAUGCCAUCUGGCAGUACGCCAGCGAGGAUCAGCUGCAGGAUGCCCAGAUGGCCAUCGAGCGCAGCGUCAUGAACCGCAUCUUCAAGCUGGCCUUCUACCCCAACCAGGACGGGGACAUCCUGAGAGACCAGCUUCUUCAGGAACACAUAGCACGUCUCUCAAAAGUGGUGACAGCGAAUCACAAAGCUCUUCAAAUCCCAGAGGUGUAUGCGAGGGAGGCUCCCUGGCCGUCUGCCCAGUCAGAGAUCCGGACCAUCAGUGCCUACAAGACCCCUCGGGACAAAGUGCAAUGUAUUUUACGCAUGUGUUCCACCAUCAUGAAUCUCCUGAGUCUGGCCAACGAGGACUCUGUCCCUGGAGCUGACGAUUUUGUCCCUGUGCUCGUCUUUGUCCUGAUAAAGGCAAACCCGCCUUGCCUGCUGUCCACUAUUCAGUACAUCAAUAAUUUCUACGCCAGCCGGCUGAGUGGGGAGGAGUGCUAUUGGUGGAUGCAGUUCACCGCGGCAGUGGAAUUCAUUAAGACCAUCGACGAUCGCAAGUGAAGCAGAACGAACAGCCACCUGUAUGGGCAGACCGUGGUGAAGGAGACUGGACUGGGAGACUUCCCAACCAACUGCUCCCUCUCUCUCUGCUCCCCACAGCCACCAGGACCACACCCUGUCUGCUGUCUGUUUGUAUAGCUGUACAUAGUCAGAGACUGAGAGUAUAUAUGAUUAUUAAGCUGGCAAAAUCCAGGUUUUACAGUAGAGAAAAAGGCCUUGGAAAAAUGGCAGAUGUUAACUUUGAACUUAAACUAAUUAGGUGUUUUUUCCUUUCAUCUUUUGGGUCUCCUUAGUCAUGGUGAGGUGUGGGGGUCUGUAUCCAAAGUGUUCUAUCUUAAGUUAUGAUUCUGAUGUUAAAUUUACUGAUAAAGCUUCUAAUCAGAUGAAAGGGAACCAUGUUUCCUAGAGAUGAUCUCAGAUAAAUGUAGUGGAAGGGGAUUUCAAGUAGGUGAUGGAAGUUCUUCCUUGUUAAAUUGUGCAAUCUUUCCCCUGAAAUACUUAUGCUUAUGCAUUGUAUCCUGGGGAAUCACAAAACUCAAUAGAUACUGAGUAUUCGUGACUCAAUACAUUAUAAGAUCAAUCCAAUAUACUAAUGUUUCUAUUUUUAACGCUACCACAUUGAUAAUAGGGUAACUUUUUUUUCAUCAAAUGUAAACAAAUGUAGUCAUUUCAGUUCAUCCUUUCCUAAAUACUUAUUUUUAUGUGGCAAUUUUGACACAAGGGACCACAUAUUUAUAUAUGAAAUAAAAUGUAUGUAUUUAUUUCAUUCUAUUUAAUGCUUUUAAACAAAAAACAAAAAACAAAAAAAUAUAUAGUGUUAGGACAAGGAGCAGUGUUGUCCUUGGACUGAAAAGCCCCCAGGAUGAGAUAUCAGUAGCACUGCUUAUUUGGAAAUACUGAAAAUGAGUGCCUUGAGGGGCGUUUUGUGUAAGUCUAUUCAUUUUCUAUAUAUUCUUGAGUAUGAGGGUUCUGCUCUUUAUUUUCCAUAAACGAUUGGCAUUACUCUCCCACCCCAUUAUCACCAAUGAGCCCCACAGCCUCUUUUUAAGAAACCUCUGUCCAACCUCUAUGCUGGGAGUGACCUCUGAGGAGGACAGGCAGUGUGUGGAGCACCGCUGGUUGUUUCAGUUAAUUCCCUUUGCACUCAUUUCCUUCCCAUUACCGUUAUGCCCUUGAAUAUCCAAGAUUCUACCUCAGUUAGAACCAAUGAACCUGCAAUUUAUUUUUGGGCACAAGUCUUUAACAUUGGUUGGAUAGAAAGAAUAAUGGAACAGGUAUUCACUGUUCAAGGGGCUUCUAUAGCAUCUUCCCCUGCUACAAUGAAGCAUACUAGUAUGUAAUAUUUUUAUUUUAGGCGGGUCAAAGUAACCUUUAGUAUUCAAGGUAGUAAAGCAUUUCCAAGCGAAUAAAGUUAGGUAUUUCUGUAGUUGAAUGCAUGUAUGUUUCAGCAUAGAGCAGACAGACUAGUGAUUGGAUUAGCUCUACCUCACAUGAUCAAGAAAGGGACUCUUCACGCAUAUGCUCGCGUGGAUUAUUUUAUUUAUUAUACAAUUUUAGAGCGCAGGGAUAUUCCAGUUUCAUAAUUUUCUUCCACUUACAGGCAUGUUGCUCCUCUGCCUGUUCUGUGUCAGGGGCUCCCGAGUGUCAGUGGUCUAAAGCACUGCAUCUCAGUGCUAGAGGUGUCACUACAGACCCUGGUCCAAUUCCAGGCUGUAUCACAUCCGGCCAUGAUUGGGAGUCCCAUAGGGCGGCGCACAAUUGGCCUAGCGUUGUUAGGGUGUGGCCGGUGUAGGCCGGCAUUGUAAAUAAGAAUUUGUUCUUAACUGACGUGCCUAGUUAAAUAAAGGUUUAAAAAAAAAGAAGGGGGAAAAAAACUUUAAAAAUCACUUGCAGCCAAAGUCAUCAAAACUCAAACUCCUGUUCUGUUUUCAUUGCAGCUACAAAAGAAGGAACACACUGUUUGCGCGCUUAGUAUUGUGCCAAGUGUUUUGUCUUAUUUGAUGUGUUAAAUGACUGCUUUCAUAUCACAUGAAUAGACAGCACAACAAAAAGAACAAACAAUCAGAAUACUGACAUGUUACUGACCGCUGGAAAAAGGCUGUGAUGGGCGUAAGAGGGCGUAUGUUGAAUGUGUGAGAGGUUGGUCUGUUAAACGAGUGCAUCUGCUCCGUCUCCUCUUGCACUGUCUUAUAGGAUGGUCUUCUUACUGUAGCUACAGUACUACACGAGCAGGUAGUCCUUGCUGGUAAAAAAAAUCUCUAUAAAUACUUCUAUUUUCCAACUCAGGCCAGGUAUGAAAGGGUUGAGAAGAAUGAGGCUUGGUUUUCUUUUGAGUCUGUGACCCUGAUGUCAUUUAUUUUUAAAAGUUCAGAGCUAAAUUACUCUUGAGUUUUUGUACGGGGUUAGCGACGCUUGAGCCCUACAUUCUACAAGCAGAACAUUUGACAUGUUUUCUACUUCCCUGCUCUUUAGUAAUGAGUUGCACUCAUUUGAACUAAUGCCUCUGACAUUAAAAUACUCUAAUUGAGGUGAUUAUAUGGGUAGUUUAGCUAGGUCUUACUGUUAGUCAUAAGGACACACAUUUAUAAGCAAUCUCUAAAGGUGGGAUAUGUUUGUUUUCUCCCCAUUCCCGGACUUCUCUUCCUGGUUUUUGAGGAAUAUGUGUGUACAGCAUCUACCGUUUUAAAUACACCUCUGCUAAAUAGAUGAUACUGUUGUCUAACCUGUUUGAAAACACACCAUGUACUAUGUCACCAAAUGCAGAUAGACUGUAUCUAUAAGUGUUUGUGGUGUCACUUUAGAGGUACUGUACAGUACAGACCAAAUGUGAAACAAUCUGGACCUGAAUAGUGUUUCAAUGUUCCCUUAUACAUAUCAGUGACUCUUUUUAAUAGCUAAAAAAAAAUAAUACAACCAGCCUUAGUGUCUGACCUGAGUGAUACUGUUCAUACACAGUGACAGAAUACCUCUUAUUGUGAAGUUCAAGUACACAUCCUAACAUUGAGAAGAAGUCUGUACUAUAGCCUGAUUUAGCAUUGAUUGUACAAGUAGACCGUUGGUGGACAAAGAGACACUUGUCUAUGAAAUCUGGUCUUCAAAGCUUAGGCAGAAUAAUACAUUUGACAUUUGUAAGCUUGCACAAUUAUGACAUAUGCAGAGGGGUAGGCGAUCUGUCUUUAAUGUGAUUAAUGUAUUAUAUACUUCUUAAACUAUUAAACAGUCAUUUUUCUGUUA